AUGCAACCCUGGACGAACUUUCUCAUCGUCGUUGUCACCAUUUUCGCAGCCUUUGCGUCCGCAUCAUCGGCGACAGCCAUCUCAAGCGACAAUGCCACUUACGUCGCCCCAUUGAUCGAGACUUGCCCAGUCGGGAGCUCAACCUGCGGCAAGAUCAAAGACAAAUAUCUGGUCAUGCUACGUGAAGGAUACGAACCCGCCUCCCACCUUUCCUACAUUUCGAGAACCCUCCACGUUGACGAUCCAGUCAAGGAAUGGCGGAUGAUGUGGCAUGGCGAUGGCGCCUAUUCCGUCCAUAAAGUCUCAGCAGAUUCAAUCGACAUCCUUCGUCGAGAUCCGGGAGUCGAGGAGAUCGAAGAGGGGUACUGGUUUCAAAUGGAUCUAUACAAGAUCCGCAGCAAUCCCAAGGUCGAAGCCAUCGACGAACACGAGCCAUGGGAAAUGAUCAAGCAGCUCGUCCCCUCUGAACGUCAGAACUCGACGAUACAACAGCGAGACUCGCAACCCUGGUUCCCGGCAGAAUGGCCAAAGGCACCAUGGCACUUACAAGCCUUGUCCGCGGGCCAAAAACUGGAUAACAUCCGGGACUCGGGACCCGCAACUCAGGUCAACGGUGUAGAUGUCGAACAUCGUCUCUUCCAAGGACGAGCCAGAAAUUUUCACAAGUGCUAUGUCGAUACAGAUGGUGAGUGCUUCAAAGACAAGGUCGGCCACGGGACCGCCGUCGCAGGAUGUGCCGGUGCAAGGUUUUACGGUACCGCCCAGGGCGCAAACAUCAUCAAUGUCAAGACCUUCUUCAGCUUCAACAAAUAUAUGUUCUUGAUGUGAUGCAAUGCGAUAGUACUUCAUA